UGGCUUUUCCUCAUAUUUUCAAUUGCUUCUCUCCUCUCUCUCUCUCUCUCUCUCUCUCUCUAUAGCCAUUGUCGUGGGCUCCCACUAGCAGCUUUCUUGUCUUCCUCCAUUUUCUUUCUCUUCAUUCAACAAAAACAGAGGUUUUUGCCUCUUCCUCUAUUGUUUCACUCUUUAGGUACACAAAAAUUCACUCUUUUUCGUUUUCUGUGAAUCGUUUUUUUUUUCUUUGUUGGGAGGGGAAAAGUUACAGUUUUUCCUUUGUUUCGGAUAAAAAUUUUGUUUUUUUUUUGGUUUGAGUUAAGAAAGCUAUAUAGAGAGAGAGAAAGAUUGAAACUUUUGAUGUGAAUUAGGGUUUGUGAAUUGGGGAAAAAGCAAUCAAUCAGAGAUGGCUCAACAGAGACAAUUUCAGAUGGAAGGUAAUAAUAAUAAUAAUACGAACGAUACCAAGUUGACGAAAAUCUUCGUGGGAGGAUUAGCUUGGGAGACGCAGAGAGAUACAAUGAGACGUUACUUUGAACAGUUUGGUGAUAUCGUUGAAGCUGUCGUUAUUACUGAUAAGAACACUGGAAGAUCCAAAGGAUAUGGAUUUGUGACGUUUAAGGAAGCCGAAGCAGCGAUGAGAGCUUGUCAGAAUAUGAAUCCUGUGAUUGAUGGAAGAAGGGCUAAUUGCAAUCUCGCUUGUCUUGGUGCUCAAAAACCUCGUCCUCCUACUUCUCCUAGACAUGGAGGAACAGGUAGAUUCAGAUCACCAGGAUCAGGAGUUGGAUUAGUUGCUCCUUCUCCUCAGUUUCGAGGCUCUUCUUCUUCCUCUGCUUUUGUUCCUCAACAACAACACACUGGUCAAUUCCCAUUUCCUUACUCUACUUACGGGUUUUCUGGUUAUUCUCAAGAGGGAAUGUACCCAAUGAACUACUACAAUCAUCAUCUCUAUGGAGGACAACAAUUUUCACCGUAUAUGGGACACCCAUCAUCAGGAUCAACAGGAAUGUUCCAUGGUUUUUAUCCUUUCUAUGCUCAAUACAAUGCAGCACAAAGUAGCAAUCAGGCACAAGCUCAAGUUCAAGCUCAACAUCACCAAGGUUUCAGCUUUCAAUACACUGCUCCUCCUGCUGCUCCUCUACUUCAAUAUCCUUACUUGCCUCAUCAGCAACACUUCAGUUCUCAGCAGCAAUUCAGCUCUCAGCAGCCUCCGCCUCCAAUCCUCUCCCUCCCAACCUCUUUAGCUCUAUCACUACCAUCAACUUCAUCACCAUCCUCAUCAACAUCCACCUCAGCUGCAACAAAAACAGUAGUUAUUACUACAGCAACAAAGAAUGCAGCAACAGGUGAAACUAGCACCAAAGAUGGUGAUGAAGCAAUUACAACAUCAACCACCAAGAUAGAGGGUUGAUUCAGUACUACUACAAUAGCCAGAGCAAGGGACAAACUUCAUUGUACACUAACUCAUCAUCGAUCUCUCCAUCAACGUUCUAGAAACAUUCAUUUAUCCAUCGUUUUUAGGAUUCUAGAAUCUUAAUUAGUACUUAGGAGGAAGAAGAAGAAGAAGAAGAAGAAGAAGAAACCAUCAUCACAUUCUUUGUUUUUUUUGUUGUUGUUUCAAGAUUCACAUUGCAUUUUUAGGUAAAAGAAUCAAGAGAAAGCAUUGGUGGCUUUUUUUUAGAUUCUUAAGAAAACUUGGAUUGAUGCAGAAAGCAUCAUCAGAUUAUUACAUUCAUUUGGGGAUUUUUAUUUUUCAGGUUCAAAAGAAAUGUUUUAUGUCUUCUUUUGAACCUUUUAAGCUUCGGAUAAGCUUAAAAUCCUUUCUUUUACAUUUGUAAUUCUUGAAAUUGUUAUAAUUCAAUCACAUUUCUUCUUCUUCUUCUUA